CGCACGACGGAGCUGUUUUAAAGAAAAGCCCUUCGGUUAAUACUACUAGUACUUAUACAAUGUUGUCAAAUAUACAACUCGACCGUCUAGCUUAGUGCAAGACAUACUUUUCAGUGACGCUCCUUUCUAAGUAAAUGCCUUAUUUCUGCAGUUUUGCAGAAAUGGCUGCUGUGAAAGGACAUCCAUCAAUGAAUCACAGUACUACUGGGAAUUCCUUAGCACCAAGCCGCAGUACAGUUUAUGUGUCUAAUUUACCUUUCAGCCUUACCAACACAGAUCUUCACAAAAUAUUUGAGAAGUUUGGAAAAUUAGUCAGAGUGACAAUACUAAGGGACAAGAACAGUCAUAAGAGUCGUGGUGUAGCAUUUUUGCUUUUCUUGAAGCGAGAGGAGGCUCAGGCUUGUGUUCGAGGCACCAACAAUUGUGAGAUGUUUGGGAGAACUUUGAAAGCAAGUAUUGCCAAAGAUAAUGGAAGAGCUCCAGAAUUCAUCAGGCGUAGAGAAUACCCAGACAAAUCAAGGUGUUAUGAGUGUGGAGAACUUGGCCAUCUGAGUUACUCUUGCCCUAAAAAUAUUCUAGGUAAUAGAGAGCCGCCAAAGAAAAAGCUGAAGAAGAAACAAAAAAAUGAUGAUGAUGAUACUAGCGCUUAUCAGCAAGCAAUUAAUGAAGACAUAGAUGAUGAUGAGGAUGAUGGAGAUUUUGAUGAUGAAUCUUUAAGUGCAGCAAUCAGAUAUCAGCAAGAAUUACGUGAGGCUGAAGAAUUCCAGAAGCGCAUCAUUUCUGGAGAUUAUGGGGAAACUACCCAAACCACCCAGAAGAGCAGAAUUACCCAGUCCACUUACUUCAGUGAUGAAGAAGAAGAGAAUGAAGUUGAUACAUGAAGAUAUUACAGUAAUAUAGAAGGGUCCUGUAUACUAUUGUGAUUAAUAAUAUACAAGAUUGGAAGUAAUAAGCAUAUCUUUCCUGUUUAGAAAGAUUUUCUGCAAUACAGAGCCUUGAUAUUAAAUUUGUUUAGGCAAGAUUAAGCAAUGAUAAAAUUCAUAUAUGUAAUAGCAGAGUAUCAUGUUUGGUAACUCAAGAGGAGAUUUGGAAAAGAGCAAUACAAGGCUAAGAUUAUUUACUGAAUCUGUGUGAAGUGAAAUUCCAUGUGAUUCAUAAGUAUAGCAUUAUAUCUUGUUAGCGAAUCUUGUUAUAGAGAUAUAUUAUUUUGGUAAUUAAAAGUACAGAAAAUAGCACUGACAAAACAGUACCAGUGAAGUUUGAAUAUCUUUUCUGAAUUCAUAAUACAUUGAAAAUGAAUAAUCUUUAUUACAUUAAUGGGUACAUAAAUUUUUUUUAUACACUGCAGUUCUAUAUUUAAUUUUUGUAUAAGUAACUUCCCAAGUAAUUGCAUAACUAUUAUUUCCACUUGUGCCGCAGCUCAAAAUUUAAAAGCCAUGCCAGCACUUCUGUUGAUUUUGUGUAGGUGACAGCCCUGCCCACUAUCGGGGAACAGUAAGGAACAACACAGCAAAAGAGCUCAAAUCAUUGUGCUGGCUCUCAAGUAACAUCGAUGGUUUGCAGCAACUCUUGUUUUGAAUUUUCCCAUUGGUCAUUUGGCUUUAUCUCAGGAUCUGGUAAAGUAUUCUUACCUUUGCGUAGCUUCUAUUACUAGCACUAACUUAGGUUUUACAACCAGCUUAGUUGGACUUAAUUGUGACUUCAUUAUGUUUGAUUCCAGUUCCUCCAGUACUAUUAGGUAUUAUCGGGAGAGGUGUAACACCAGAUUGACUGAAUCUACUUACAAUUCCCACACAAUAUGUGCUAGCUGUAGGGGGCAUUCAUGUUUGGAAGAGAAUACUUGUGAUGAAUAUAAAGACUGAAGUGAUAAACAAUGGAAGAUUUUGCAGUCCUAUCUUGACAAACUGGAUAGGGAUAGGGAUCAGAAGGCAGCACUUAGUGCACGCAGCCUUGAUUUUACUUCUAACCCUAAUGCUAAAAGUGUUCCUUCCAUUCCUCCUUCACCCUUUUCAGCAUUGUCCCCUAUCUCCAGUCCUCGUACAUUUGUAUCACCUACUUCUAGUAAUUGGCUCCUAUGCUACCAGCCCCAAUGCCAUUGCCAAUCUUGAAGAUAGAAUUGAUCGUAAGUUUAAAUUGAUGCUAAGUUCUAUGGCGGAAUUAGGAGCGUCCAUCAAAGUGCUCAUGGAGAAGGUUUUUAGUGGAAAAUCAAAAAGUGAAAAUGUAGUGCCAGUGGAGGAGGUGGCUGCCCAUCCUGCCAGCUCUCUUAAACAAAGGUCACUAUUACACUUCCCUGAACCUGGGAAAAGGCACAUCGAAGGUCCAAGGGAGGCUAGUGGGGUUUUCCCAAGGGUAGUCGCCUACUCAGUCGGGCCUGUAACUCAGGCUGUGACUUCAGACAGCCAUUGAAAAGGCUUCUCUGUUAAUGUGAGUGAGUUGUCUUGUGACUCAGACAGUUCGAGCCUGUCAAGAGGUGCCAGUGGCGUUUUCCAGGGGAGCCUUGCCCGUUGAAGAGACAUUUGGACAAUGGCUUUCGAUCUUCGCCUGUUUCCUGCAAGCAGCCUAAGGAGCUGCCUCUCAGCCCUUCAACCCUCCUGCAGUGCUUGGCCUAGCCCGCAGUAUUGUUCUCGCAAACUUUUGGACUCUCAACAUUAUUCUGUGCCGCAGUGGCAGAGCUCUAAGAAACUCUCCUUUUCCAGGCACCACUCGCCUUCCAGAUGCCCAGUGCCCUCAUCCAAGCACUCAACACCAAUGUUUUUUCCGAGGACCCAUUGUCCACAUCCAAGCACCCGUGCUCAUUGCCAGCUGAAUGCCUAACUUCCACUCUUCCUCUGAGCUCUUUCACACGUGAGUCUACAGACCCAUCUUUAGCGCCCAUCAAGUGGCAAUUAGCUAAUAUUAUGGUUUUUUUUUUUUUUUUUUUUUUACAAAAGGCUCCUGUUUUGGUUAAGCCUCUUCAAGACCCUCUGUUGUCUCCAGUUUCUUCCGUUGAAGAGGAAUUGGAUCAGGAACCUGCACUGUCAGUAUGCAUCUCUGUUAAGGUUUUUCUUGGCUAUCUCUCAGACAUUCUUUGCUGCAGCUGUUACAGUUUCUCCGACCUCUACCAUCAUGAGGAAUCAGGCCCGAUGUCAGCUUUCAUUUGCCUAAGAUGGUUUUGCCGUCUUCUUCUGAGAAGGCUCUGAGGGAAGUCCAUGACUAACUCUUUAAGAAGAGGGAACAGGGCAAAGAAGAGGGAACAGGGCAAGGCGGCCUUUGCCUUCCCUCCUUCAAGACUUACAUGCAGGAGAUAUCUUGUUCACGUCAAGGGAGAAGCUCCUUCCCUGGAAGUCUCUGCCUCCUCCCAGGGGAACUUUUCAUGCUUAAUUGGCUCUACUUAUUGUUCAGCUUUUUCUUCUGCCAAGAUCAUGUUUUCUGUGGCAGAAUUAUACCACCUUGAUAGAAAUAUUUUCAAGGUUUUUGAGGUAUGUAUUAAGUUUUUUUGACUGGAGAGUCAGAGCUUUAGUCAAGAAGAUGCAAGCUUGCCCCGUUCUUGCAGAGGACUUUGCUGCAGAUUGGAUAGGAGUAUUGUAUUGUGCAGAGGAAGCAAUUAGAGAUGGAUCUUUUGAACUUCUUACACUUUUUUGGAUUGAAGUACUAAAGAAGAGGGAGCUUUAGUGCUCAUCUACGAUGAAGGAAGUAACUUCAGUGGAGAAAUCAGCCUUACUCUUUGCUCCCCUGGAUCAUUCAUACCUAUUUCCUUAGACCGCGGUCAAGGAAAUAACCUUGGACCUUCAAGAGAAGUCCACCCAGGACCUUCUUGCCUAGGCUUCAAAGCACCCCAAGGCACCUGCUUCAUUUGCUGCUAAGAGCCCUUUAGUUGAGGGUGGACAGAAACUGCUGCGUAGGGGGGUAGUGCCCACAGUGCACCUCAUGCGGUGCACUGUAGGUAUUAAUUAAUGUUCUAUGCAGCAUGCCUCCGGCCCCGAGUUGCAACCCCUUUCGUUCCUUUUACUGUACCUCCAAUCAUAAUCUCUCUUCCAUCUUACUUUCCACCCUCUCCUAACAAUUGAUUCAUAGUGCAACUGCAAGGUUUUCUUCCUGUUACACCAAUCAACCCUUUUACUGUCAGUUUCUAUUUCACCGCUGAAUGGCCUCAUAGGUCCCAGUGCUUGGCCUUUGGCCUAAAUUCUGUAUUUAGUUUAGCUAGUGUGACUGGUGCAGACUUCACUUUUUUUGGGAAAGGUGGAGCACCAGAGGAGCAGAGCUAUGGACUGUAGUUGAAAAAACAGUGAUCCAUCCCCUUCAGGGAGAUCCCUCCCUUAGUUACCUUUCUGAUCUCGUUGAUUGCGUAUUCAAAAGGCUCCACAAGGUAUUCAACCCUUCCAGGAAGAAAGCCAUAGAGGAGGUAAAGGACAGUUCUACAGAUGGGUUUUACAAACCCGUCUUUGUGGUCCCCAAGUCAUCAGGGUGUUGGAGGCUCGUCCAGGACGUCAGUGCCCUGAAUUUCUUCAUCUAGAAGGUGAGGUUCAGGAUGGAGACAAAUCAGUCCAUAUUAUCAUCCAUUCACCAAGCCACUGGAUGAUAACACUUGACAUGCGGGACACGUACCUCCAUGUCCUAGUGCAUCUAGACUCCAGAAAGUUUCUAAGAUUUGUCUUCAAGGACAGGUUUUUCUAGUUUCGGAAUUUAUCUUCAAGGACAGGUUUUUCUUGUUUUUGGAAUUUAUCUUCAAGGACAGGUUUUCUAGUUUUGUAAUUUAUACUUAGGCCUAUCCACAGCUCCACAAGCGUUCAUGAGAGUUUUAGUCCCUCUCAUGAAAUGGCUCCAUCUUCUAGGCAUCAAUAUCUGCCUCUGCCUUGAUGAUUGGCUCUUUCGUUCAUCCUCAAAGGAAAAGUACAAGAUGGAAAUACAGAAGAUGAGUUCUCCUCGCCCAGUAGCUAGGAGUCCUUAUCAACCACUAGAAGUACCAGAUGUUUCCAACUCAGGAGAGUCUGUAUUUGGGAAUGAAAAUAUGCUCUCAGAGUUUUUAGGUUUUUCUAUCUCCCAAGAGAAAAGAAUGUAGCCUGCAGACAGUCCGUAGUUUUCUGGCUGUUUCGUCCUGCUUGGCCAAUCGAGAGAUGAGCCUAUUAGGGACACUGGCCUCCAUCGAACAAUUUAAAAAGGUUAGGCAGACUCCAUAUGAGAGUUUUGAAUUUUUCCUAAGAGCGCAUCCCGACACUUUUGUGUUCCCCAUUACAAUGGCAAUCAAGGAUCUGUGAUGGUGGAAGUCCACAAAGAAACUUUCGGAGGGGAAGUUACUUCUUCCUGUGAACCCAGACCCAAGCUUAUUCUCAGACACCUCAGACCUGGGAUGGGGAGCCCUUCUGGGGAACAAGGUGGUUUCUGGGACAUGGUCCCCAAGUCACUUAAACUUUCACAUAAAUGUCAAGGAGCUCAAAGCCAUCCAUUUAGGCCUUUUAGCUUUCUUAGGCUCAGUUAUUGGUAAGGCAGUCAUGGUCAGCUCAGACAACACCACAGCAUUGGCCUACAUCGAGAAGUAGCACAGGACCCACUCUUUUUCCCUCUGUGAGGCAAGGAGGGAUCUCCUACUCUAGGCAGACCAAAAUCGGGUGAAAAUUUUAACUCCCUUCAUCCUAAGGAAGAUGAAUUUCCUAGCACACGAAGUCAGUUGUUGGAGACAAGGCCUCCUGACAGAGUACACUUUUGAACUGCUUGUCUGCAAUGAUCUUGGGAGCUUUGGGGCAGAUCAGUGCUGGAUCUGUUCGGCACAUCGAUGAACAACCAUCUUCCUCUCUUCUGCUCUGCAACCCUGGACCCUCUGCAUGGGCAAAAGAUGCCAUGUUGCAGAAUUGGUCAGAUCUGGACCUCUUGUACUUUGCCGCCAUUGAACAUGGUCAGGGAAGUGCUAAACAAGCUUCGCUCACAUUCCAGUGGGAAAAUGACCCUGAUAGCUCCAUAGAAGGAGUGGUUUCCAGACCCUCUGAGUCUCCUUGUGGUCUUCCCCAGGCUACUGCCACAGUCCUCAUUUACUCAGACAACCUCAUGUCAGGAGGUUCCACCAGGGGUUAUCAGCUCAUGCUCUGACUGGCUUCAGACUGUUUAGAAACUUGUCAGACGUCAGUCUUCCUCUAAACUUUACCACUCUAAGUGGACAGUUUUUUGCAGAUGAUAUGCUAGAUGAAACAUCUUGUCUUCUAAGACAUCUGUGGCGGCAAUAGCGGAUUUCCUUCUCCAUCCAAGAAAAUCCAAAGGGCUCACUUCUUUCACUAUAAGGGGAUACAGGGCUGCACAGAGUGUUGGACAUGUCUUCUAACCAUGACCUCUUAGAUCUCCUUAAGUCUUUCGAGACUUCCAAGCUACCAAAUAGACACUGUAUCUUGGAAUCUUGAUGUACUGUAUUUCUUAAAUGGCUAACAGGCCCAUCUUUUGAGCCUCUCUGUUUGUCCACUCUUAAGAACCUUCCCAGAGUGACCCUAUUCCAUGUUGCUCUGGCCACAGUCAAACAUUUUAGUGAACUCCAAGCCAUCAACAAACAAGUGAGAUUUGCCCAAGGAGACACUUUGUACUUUUACACUCGGCUUCCUGGCUAAGAAUGAAGAUCCCUCUAAAGUCUGGCCUCACUCUUUCUUAAUUAAGAACCUUAUGGACAUCCUCAGACCAGAAGAGGAAGAAAGGGUUCUGUGUCCUAUUAGGCUCGAGAUAUUACAUGGACAGGACUGCCAAAAUUAGAGGAUCAUCCAAUAAUCUUUGGUGCUUGGUCAAAAAUCUGUCCGGAGCCCUGUGUAAGAAUGAUUAGUCGUUCAUUCUUUGGCAUCUCAUUAUGGAGGUGCAUGCUGGGAUCUGAGAGGACAUUCUGCCUUCCUUUAAGGCAAAAGCACACGCCAGGGCGGUCACCACCUCAUAUGCUUUCAGACACAAUAAGUCUCUUCAAUUGUACAGAUAACUUAUUGGAAGUGUAAGGCUAUUUUAGCUUCACAAUAAGGCAGUCCCUGGGUUACGAUGGGUUUGGGUUACGACGUUCCGAGGUUAAGACACUUCUCAAUUACGUAUAUUCAUCAGACAUAAUUUCCAGGGUUACAACGCAUGUUCCAGGGUUACGACGCCUAGAACGCUCAUCUGGCAGAUGAAAUAUGACACCAAAAAUGCAAAAUAAUCAAUAUUUGAAGGUUUUUUUGAUGAAAAAUGCAAUAAGAAUGCAGUUUACAUAGUUUUCAAUGCACCCAAAGCAUUAAAAGUAAGGUUUUCUUAGGAUUUUUUACGAUGUUCCAGCUUACAACGAUUUUCGGCUUACGCCGCGUCUCAAGAACGGAUCCCCCCCCCGUUGUAACCCGAGGACUGCCUGUAUUAUUUUAUAUGUCAUAAAAACAGUGUAUGAUAAUUGCAGUGCCCUGGGACAUUUAUCAGUGACAGGCAUGGUAUUGGGGGGAAGGAGCAUAGGAAACAUGACUUCCUAUCCUUGACCUCUUCAUCUUGUUGUGGGUGUCAAGUUUUUUGGGAAUCUCGGGUUACUAUGUAUCUGGAGUGCCCACCAGUAAAUUUUAGUGUAUGGGUAGUGGUUUUACUUUUGAGUGGUGAUGGCAUUGUCUGGUGUUUGUAUUUAGUACUGCACCCAGGGCAAGGGCACCUGUCUUUUAACUUUGCUAACCAUCAGAACUGUCCUUCACUGCAAACUUUGCAAACCAUUGGAACUGUCCUUCACUGCAAAGUUCCACUUGAAGUAGAGGCGUCCCAUGAUUCUUACACCACUCCACUGUGGGUUAGGAGGAGCACUGACUAGAGGCAGUAAUCACCUGCAGUAGCACCCUAACCAGUUAAGGGAACAAGAAGCAUUGUAUCAAUGCUAGCAAAAACUUUUUCUAUUUCAAAUUCAUUACCAUUACUGAAUGUUUUAGAGUAGAAUGUGAGCAUGUCUCCCACCACCUGUCAAUGUGAGAUUCAGCAGUGUAAUUACUUGGUUACUCAUAAAAAAAAGACAUUUUUAUAAUAAGAUAAAGAUUUUUUGUAUACUUACCAAGCAAUUCACGAUUGGAGCCUUCCCUCCUCCCCUCUCAUGGACAUAAAGGUAUGAAUGAAUUGAGCUCAUUUGCUGUGUUGUUCCCUAUUGUACCCCGAUAGUGGGUGGGGCUGUCGCCUACACAAAAACAAUAGAGGCGCUGGAGCAGCUUUUAAAUUUUGAGCUGCUGAACAAGUGGAAAUAAUAGCAAUAUAACUACUUGGUAAGUAUAUAUAAAACUUUAUAUUAUUAUAAAGAUGUCAUGUUUUUACAUGAGAACAAUACUUUGUUCUGUUGUAAAUCAUAGAAAGCUUAUUCAUAUCAUAGUUAUGUGUUAUAACAGGUGAACAAGCAGCAUGGGUUAAAUAAAAAAAUAAUACAGGUACUUGUGUAUUUUCCUAUGAAAGACCCUUUGGACUUCUAAUACUUAUUUGCUUGCAGAGUUUAUGAGUGAAAUUGUUUUAUGAGAGAAAAAGUAAUUUCUUGUUUUGUUAUAAGUGGUAAUGAUCUGAAAAAUGUACCUGAGGUAGAUAUUUGAUUCAUUAUCCAGAAUUGCAAAAUGCAAGCAUUGCAUUUUGUAAUUCUGUACAGUAUAUAUGUACAACUGAACAUGUACAGUAUGUAUGUGCAACUGUACAUGUGCAGUAAGUAUGCACAACUGAAAAUGGAUAGUGCUUCCUAUAUUUACCUAUUUCUGUUGUUACAGAUAAUGUUUCUCUUGUUAUGAAGAAAUUUCUUUGUUUUAAAUAUCCUGUUCUUCAGAGAAAUGUUUCGUAAGUGAGUAAUUUUUCCAACACUUUUGAUAAAGGAAUGUGGUUGUAUUAUCCCAAAAGACAACAGCUCUCACUUGUUUUGUUAAAAAGUACAUACAUGUUUCUUCGGUUAUCAGAAUUAACAAUUUAUAUAGAGCAUUCUUAGAUAGUACAGUAAAUAACAUAUGUUGUUUAUAACGUGAAAAACCUCUCAGUUCAUCUGUUCAUUCAGAACAGACAUUUGAUGAAUAUGACAUGAAUUAUCUAUUGAAUGAAGACCUGGGAAUUAGAUAUAAAAAACAAGAGCCUGAUUAUAGAAGCGUGUACACUGAUACACGUUUAGUAACUAUGUAUUAGUCUCCAAGUGAAGGUUGAGGUAUGUUAUGUAGAGAUGAAAAGUUCUUGAUAUGUAUAGUGGAACCUCGUUUUUGGUACAUAAUCCAUUCCAGAAUGUCUCACGAAGUCCAAAACAUACAAAAUCCAAAACAGUAAUUCCCUACUGUAGUUCCAGACACCCAAAAAUGUAAAAAGAAAAUACUUUUUAUAGAGAAUAAACACAGUUUAUUCUCUAUAAAUAAAUAUAAAUUACUAAUGAAAUGUAUUAAUAAACAUUUAACAUCUCUUUUACCUUUAUGGAAGACUUGUUAGUGUAUGGAAAAGGGAGAGGAGGGGAGAAGGAGGAGACAGGUUAUUGUUAGGAAGAGGAAUCUCCCUCCAGAAGGACUUCAGGUAUCAAAGACCUAUCUGGGGUUACUUACCCUCUUCGUUUUUUACUGGCACUAGGACAAGCUUGAGAGACAGGCCCAAACCUAGGAACCAAGAAAUCAGGACACACAGUG